UAAUUUAUGGUUCAUUUUCUAAGAAAUUUCUUUAUUUGUCACUUCCAUCCGAUUCUCCUAUAAGUGACCUGAAACAUCUGAGCUGCCUUACAUAUCAUUGUAUCAAUUGCCAUCACUAAUCUUCUAAGCUAAUUUCACCCACAAAGGAACAUGGAAGGCUCUUCCUUGCAAGCUCCUGUUUCCAAGAGGUUAGAAGGCAAAGUAGCCUUGAUAACAGGAGGUGCUAGUGGCAUAGGCGAGAGCACUGCCAGACUCUUCGCCAAGAACGGUGCUAAGGUUGUGAUCGCAGAUAUCCAAUCCGAGUUGGGUCAAUCUGUGUCUGCGAAAAUCCAGUCAGAGUUCGGACAACCAGUGUCUUAUGUCCACUGCGAUGUUGCUACUGAAACCGAUGUCGAAAAUGCUGUCAAUACAGCGGUUUCAUUACAUGGAAAGCUCGACAUAAUGUUCAAUAAUGCAGGCAUAGGAGGCCCUCCUGAUAUAAGUAUUUCAUCAACUGAACAUGAAGCUUUCCGGCGAGUUAUGGACGUAAAUGUUUAUGGUGGAUUCUUGGGCGCAAAACAUGCUUCGAGAGUAAUGAUUCCUAAAAAGAAAGGAUGCAUACUAUUCUCUGCAAGUGCUGCUUCAGUUAUAUAUGGCGGGCCAUAUGCUUAUACAGCAUCAAAACAUGCUGUUGUUGGACUGACUAAGAAUUUAGCUGUAGAAUUGGGGAAAUAUGGAAUAAGAGUUAAUUGUAUUUCAACUAUUCAUGUCCCAACUCCUUUGAUGACUGCAGGAACGGGGCUGAAAGUAGAGGAAGUGCAAGCAUUGGCUUCUGGGAUAGCAUGUUUGAAAGAGGUAACAUUAGAGGCUAAUGAUAUAGCAGAAGCAGCUUUAUACCUUGCAAGUGAUGAAUCCAAAUUUGUUAGUGGAAUGAAUUUUAUGGUUGAUGGAGCUGCAUGUCUCCCAAGGAUGUAACUUUUGAUAUGCAAAGAGUUAGAGGGUGUUUGGUUUAGCCGAUGGGAGUACAUUUUUAUCAACCAAUUCUAUUCAAGUAUUUGGUAAACUCUUCUUGUCAGCAAUUGAUAGCUGAAAUAAAGUCUGAACACCUACUGUUUAAUCA